CGAGACAGAGUUGACAUUUACUGUGUCCUGGAGAAAGUAUUACAGCAGGACACUGGGAACCUACAGAGAAGGCUACUUAUCAAAAUAAUAACCCUGGCCUCAAAACACAUGAGAGAGGCUCAGGAAGCAACAAAUGAACUAAAAGUGGCAGCUAGCAACAUCUUAGUGACCCUGGGAUGCUGCUAUUUCUAUGAGGUGAUGUACGAGCUGCAGUGUCAUCUGACAGUACGGGAGAAGCCUGAAGAGUAUAUUUUCAUUACGCUGGGCAACCUGUCAUCAGCUUAUGCACUUAAGUGUAUCCCAUAUGUGGGAAGUACCCUGAACGCCAUGUUCCCCAUCUUGGGGUUAGUCAAGGACAGCAGGCUGAGACAAGCAUUUUGUGGUGUUCUGGAAAAAUGGUCAAGGGCAAUGAAUCUAUAUUUGACUAACUGGGAUAAGAGCACAUUCCCCAGCAUGGGUACAUUGCCAUUCUUUGAUGCAAUUCUUCCAUUCUAUUGUCAUGUGACCAGCAACUGGCUGAAAUGUGAGGAGCUGCAGCUCAAGCAGGCCAUCAUCAAAGCCCUUGGUCCCAUGAUGAGCCUCCUGCUACACAUAGAGGAGCAUCAAGAUCGGAUAUUUGAACUGAUCUCAUGGCUCCUUGAGCAAUAUAAGGAGGACAUUGAUGUUUUUCACGUCACCAAGAGUCUGAGCCAGAUCUUGGAGGUCUCUUGUGAACAUGAGAUCCCUCUACCUAAAGAGAAGUUUCAAGCCAUCUGCAGUGCUCUGCACAACCAGAUCUGUUCUCAAGCUAAGCCGCUCAGCACCGAAAAUCACGCAAAGCUGUUGGAUUGUGUAGUUCUGCUAGCCCAUUCUUCUCCUGAUGAUCUGAUCGCAUUUCUGCUCUCGCAGCUGGAGAUUGAGAAUGAGGCUGUUCGUGUGGCCUCUUUGAAUCUGCUCAGUGCUAUUGUUGGUGCCGACUUGCCCGAGACAAGAGUUAAAAACUUUCUGAUUGUGAAGGCAGUGAAAUCCACUUUCAGUGAUCAGAAUGCUAAGGUAAGAUUGUGUGUGGAGCAGUGA